CCGGAUUUUUCACCAAAGCCGGCAUCGGUAUGACUGCCGGAGCCGUCGGUGCCUUUUUCGGGACACCGGCCGAAGUGUCACUCAUCCGAAUGACAUCCGACGGACGGUUACCACUGGCCGAGAGACGCGGCUAUAAGAAUGUGUUCGACGCUCUCAUUCGCAUCACUCGAGAGGAGGGAGUGUUGACGCUAUGGCGCGGAUGUAUUCCAACCAUCGGUCGAGCGAUUGUUGUCAACGCCGCACAACUCGCCUCUUAUUCGCAGGCGAAACAGAUUUUGGUCUCCACUCCUUAUUUCAGUGAUAAUAUUAUGUGUCAUUUCGCCGCUUCCAUGAUAUCCGGUCUCAUCACUACCGCCGCCUCAAUGCCCGUCGAUAUCGCCAAAACUAGAAUCCAAAACAUGAAGAUAAUCGAUGGAAAGCCUGAAUAUAAGGGCGCUUUCGAUGUACUCUUCCGUGUGAUUCGUAAUGAAGGUGUGUUCGCUCUGUGGAAGGGAUUCACUCCAUAUUACGCGCGAUUGGGUCCGCACACAGUAUUGACGUUUAUAUUCUUAGAACAGGCGAAUCAGGCCUAUAAACAGCACGUCCUCAAAGACUUCUCUGGCGGCGGCGGUCUUUGAUCUCAAUUGAAACAAAUUCUCGCAAAAUAUUAGUAUAGAUUUUAUUUGGUUUUAACAUAUCUAUAGAUUUUAAAACAAUUAUGAAAUAAAUUGAUUUGUUAUUAGUAAACAAAAA